AUGAAGGCCACCGUUUCUGAAAUUCAAGUAGAAAAUAAGGAUGAGAAAAGAUCUGCAGAAGUUAGCCCUCAAGAUGAGGGGCAGAAGGAGAGAACAUCUGUGCUUUGCUUCAAGAGAAAGAAGAAAGCAGCCAAGGUGUUGAAGCCCAAAGCUGGCGCUGAGGCCGCUGCUGCUGCGAAGAAGACGCCCCUAGAAGCAGGAGCUUCUGUUCAGCCACAGCGUCCGGGGGGUGCCUGGGCCUCGAUCAAAGGCCUAGUGAUGCAUAGGAAAAGGUCAGAUCCUUCAAAGCAGCAGAAGCCAUCGGAGGCUGAAGUGCAACGUGAAAUAAAGGCUGAGGAUGCUGAUCUUUCUAAGAAAAAGGCCAAGUCCAGACUUAAGAUUCCCUGAAUAAAAUUCUCAAGAGGGGCACAAAAGAGUCAUCAUUCCAAAAUUAUAGAAGACACGGGCUGCAGUGUGAAAGUCCAGGGGCAGGCCGAAGCUUUGGCUGUACACACUCAGUCCAAUGACCAGGCAACAAAGCCUAAGUCAACCCAAGAUCCCAGUGAAGGCAUCUCACAAAAAGACGGUGAUGAGUUCUGUGAGUCCAAUGUGAGCAACAGCGUCAUGGCUGGACAGAAUGUGGUUUCAGUAGAACGUGAAUUAGAUAAUGCGCAUUCUGCUAUUCAGAGAGGAACUCUAACCCUUGAAAAGGAAACCAAAAUGAUGGAGGAGAGGCAAAGUGUUCAGUCCCAGCAAGCAGGCCCACUUGAAAGCUCGGAAACAGUCAGUCAGCAGCCCGUGGCUUAUGAUGCUACUCCUUCACCUGCAACACCGGAUCAGCAAACUGUGGGAAAACCCAGUGAUAGCACCUUAGAAUUUGAAGCAGACUGGAAAGACCUGGAAAGUAGAGACGCAGCUGAAGAGGAGCAUAAGCCAAAAGAUACUGAACUGAGCGAGGAAUCAGACUUGAAAGAGAAUGAGAUCAAUGCAGAGAAACCCAAGUCAGAAGAAAGCAAAAGAAUGGAGCCCAAUGCUGUUAUUAUUACAGACACAGAAGUUGGUGAAUUUGAUGUUAGGAAAUCUAAAAAUGUCCCUAAGCAUUUCUUAAUUUCCACUGAAAAUGAGCAAGUAGGGUUUUUUGCUAGUGACAGUGAUUUUGAGGGUAGAACUUCAGAACAGUAUGAAACACUCUUGAUAGAAACAGCCUCUUCUCUUGUCAAGAAUGCUAUCCAGUUGUUGAUAGAACAGCUGGUUAAUGAAAUGGCCUCUGAUGAUAAUAAAAUAAACACUCUUCUAAAGUGA